AGCCGCCAGGAACAACCGCCGUCCCAGCCCUUCCCAUCGCCCUCCGCCGCCGGCGCCCCCUCCGCGACCUCCCCAUCUUCCUGCUCCGUCUCCCGAGCUGCUCGAGUCGCCCACCGCCGCCGGCCUCCCCAUCCUCGGCCUCCGAUUUCCCCGACCAUCCAUUCCCCUCCACCUCCUCCCGCACAGGAUGACCUAGCCGCCGGGAACAGCCGCCGCCGCGGGGUCACCUGCCGCCACCGCCCUUCCCGUUGCCCUCCGCCUCCGGCGCCUCCGUCCGCGACUUCCCCAUCCUCUGCUUCGUCCCCCGAGCUGCUCGAGUCGCCACCGCCACCGGCCUCCCCGACCCUGCUCCGCCAGUCUCCCUCCGCUGCCAGCUUCCGUGACCUCGCUGACCUCCUGCUCCUUCUCUCGGAAGAAGCUGGCAGUUGAGGAGUUCACGGUUAGGGAGCGCUCUCGAACAGCCCCUUAGCUAGGGUUAGGCCUCUCCGCCUUGUUCCUCACUGCUCCCCCUUCCGCAGCUCUCAGGAUCCGCUCGCCCUCGCCAUGGUGAAGGGGCGGAAACGCAAGGCGGACUCAAUCAACAAUCCAUGGAACAAUCGGCCAUACUCCAAGAGAUAUUAUGAGCUAUUUGACAGGCGCCAUACCCUUCCCGUGUGGCAGCAAAAAGAUGAAUUCAUACGCACCCUACUGGACAACCAGAUCAUUAUCCUUGCUGGAGAUGCCGGGAGCGGCAGUACUACCCAGAUCCCACACUUUCUGUUUGAGGCUUUAGGAUUUGGCAACAACACUGUAAUUGCCUACGCCCUGCCAUCCAGAAUUGGGGCCAUGUCAAUCGCUCAAAGAGUCGCGGAGGAAAUGGACGUAAGCAUUGGGCAUGAAGUUGGCUAUAAGACUCGAUUUGAAGCUUCUACCAGUAACAUAACAGCUCUAAAGUUUCUCACCGAUGAUGUACUUUUUAGAGAGGCGUUGAUGGACCCGCUUUUGACGAAAUACAGUGUGAUUGUUCUUGGUGAGGUUCACAAGUUCAGACUUUCAACGGAUGUUCUUUGCACUGUUCUGAAGAAAGCUCUGGAGGAGCGACCUAAGAUGAAGCUUGUUCUUAUGAGUGCUAUCGAUGAAGAAGCAACUUUUCAAUGCUACUUCCCCAGUGCCAUCAUCAUGAAGUUGCCUGGUCCCAUCUAUCCAGUUACUAUCCAUUACGCUCCAAAAGAGGUUGAGAGUUAUGUAAAAGCUGCUAUUGACAUAUCUCUCCAGAUACAUAGCAAUGAACCUGCAGGAGCUAUUCUGAUAUUUCUCCGUGCACAAGCUGAAGUUGAAUAUGCAUGCUGGAAAAUUAGACAGAAGCUCAAUGCCUCGCGCGAUCUUGUUGGUGCAGUUGAUAUUGUCCCAAUUUACUCUACAAUAUCCUUAGAAAUGCAGCAGAGGCUUUUUCAACCUCCUCCUAUCAUAUGGAAUGUGGAAGCGCCUCCUGGUAGGACGAUCUUUGUGUCUACAGGAAUCGCUGAGGCUUCAUUAACACUAGAUGGUAUAGUUUAUGUCAUAGAUUCUGGGUUUUCUUAUCAGAAGAUUUGUGAUGGAGAUAUGUGGGCAGAAAAACACAUUCUAGCACCAAUUCCAAAGGCAUGUGCCAGUCAGAGAGCAGGUCUUGCUGGAAGAAAACAACCUGGGAGGUGCUACAGGUUGUACACUGAGGAGUGGUUUCAGGAACUGUCGCAGCAGGUGUACCCUGAAAGUUCCAGACGAAACUUGGGAAAUACAGUUCUCAUGUUGAAGAAGCUGCACAUUUCCAGCUUAAAGAAGGGGUUUAUAGAUGCUAUUGCUCCCACAACAGAAUCUCUUGAAGUGGCCUUGAAAGGUUUAAGAUUCUUGGGAGCACUCGAUAAGAAUGAUAACCUCUCAUCUGAUGGCGAGAUUAUGUGUGAGUUUCCCCUAGACGUGCAGAUGACAAGGACGCUUCUGGCUAGUGUAACAUUCAAUUGCUCUAAUGAGAUCAUCUCAAUAUCAGCCAUGCUUUCAGUACCAAGUUGCUUUCUCCGGCCUAUGGAGGCAGUGAAAGCCGCUGAUAACGCGAGGAAAAAAUUAUGUCAUAUGGAUGGCGAUCACCUUACACUUCUAAAUGUGUACAAUGAAUACAUACGCAAUAAUCAAGAUCCUCAGUGGUGUGAAGAAAACUUUGUAAAAUUUGAAGUCAUGAAGUCAGCGCAUAGUAUUAGAGAGCAGCUUGCUGGUACGAUGAGAAGGUUAAACUUAAAACUGUCUAGCCCGGUUGUGGACAGCCGGUUCUACAACAAUAACAUUAAGCUGGCAAUGCUGUCUGGAUAUUUUAUGCAAGUUGCUCAUAGAGAGCAGUCUGGACACUACAGGACGGUUAAGGCUAAUGAGGAACUACGCAUUGAUGUGUUCACUGCACUAAACCGUAAUCCUGAAUGGCUAAUGUACCAUGAAAUACGUGGCAGCAGGAUGUGCAUUGUCACUGAUGUGACGGCAGGAAUGGUGUUUCAAGCUGCUCGUCAGUACUAUGAUCUGAGGAAGUUUCCGCAUUGCCAGUCAAAAGUGUCUAUGGAGAGGGUCCUCCUCAAUUGGCUAACUGAUUCAGAUCCUUCUUUUGCCGGUCUUUAUAAGACUGAACCAGAAGAAUUGCCACGCCUACUUAUGGAUGCCCAAUGGGAGAGAUUGGUGCCGAUUCAAGUAGCCCCACUCGAGGAAGGUCCUGGCUGCCCCAGUGAUUCUUUUCGCUGUGAAACCGUCCCCCAGAUGCUUUGUUGCAGCACCGGAAAAGUUCCUCAAUCUGGCGGUCAACAAACUCUUUCACCAACGUCAGGGCUUGGGCCUGAUGAUCCUCAGAGUUGAAGGUGUCUGAAAAUGUAAGACUGUAGUUUGGUUUCGUGGUAGCUGCACACUGGUGUGGCAGUUUUGCUGACUCUGAUGUGUGUUUGUGGUGUUUUUUCUUUCACUGGCCAUGGAUGCUGUAAGAUAGGAGCUGCGUCUCCAGGCUAUUUUUGCAUGUAAUAGACCUAAGUAGAUGGUUCUGCUACCCAACGUAGCUGUGCAGUGGUAUGGACUACGGAGGUUUUGCCGGAUGCUGUAGAUUCUGCCGUCGGACUGAUGUUGGGGUUGACUA